GGAGCAACAGCCGCCCCUGGAGGACCGGAGGUGGGAAGGGUGGGCGAGAGGGAGUCGUUCCGUCCCUUGCCCCUGAGCUCUGUGGUUAAGAUGGCGGCGGCGGAGGUUGAGGAGGCGAGUCCGUGAGGGCCUGUCCGGACCGCGGGUGUGAGGAAGAAGGAGACAGGGCAACCCUGUGGGGAGCCGGGCGCGGCUCAAGAAGUGGUUUAGGCGGCGGCAUGUGAGCGAGAGGAAAAAGCCGAGGGCUCUGGUGGGAGCUCAAGACGGGAGGAGAACGGGGAUGGGCCAGCAGGUGGGCCGCGUCGGGGAACCGGGCGCCGCCGCGCUCCAGCAGCCGGCUUCACAGCAGCAGCAGCAGCAGCCGUCGUCUCUUUCCCAGCCACAGCCCCAACCUAGGAGUCUCCGGGGGAGCAGCAGCACUGCCAGGCCCGCCAACCGGCGGCGAGAGGCGGCCGCUCCCCGAGGCGCCGAAAGCGGCUUCAAUAUCUUCACCCAGCACGAGGCUCUGCACCGUCCCUAUGGUUGUGACACAGAACCCCAGGCACUGAAUGAAGCGAUCAGGUGGAGUUCCAAGGAGAACCUCUUAGGAGCCACUGAAAGUGAUCCCAAUCUUUUUGUUGCACUUUAUGAUUUUGUAGCAAGUGGUGACAACACACUCAGCAUCACCAAAGGUGAGAAGCUACGUGUACUGGGUUACAACCAGAAUGGUGAAUGGAGUGAAGUACGCUCUAAGAAUGGUCAGGGAUGGGUUCCAAGUAACUACAUCACCCCAGUGAACAGCCUGGAGAAGCAUUCCUGGUAUCACGGACCAGUGUCACGCAGUGCAGCUGAGUAUCUGCUGAGCAGCCUCAUUAAUGGCAGCUUCCUAGUUCGGGAAAGUGAAAGCAGCCCAGGACAACUGUCCAUCUCGCUCAGGUAUGAGGGUCGUGUUUACCACUACAGGAUCAAUACCACCGCAGAUGGCAAGGUGUAUGUGACAGCCGAAAGCCGUUUCAGUACUCUGGCAGAGCUAGUUCACCAUCACUCGACAGUAGCUGAUGGCCUGGUGACGACCUUGCACUACCCAGCACCAAAGUGCAAUAAGCCCACAGUCUAUGGAGUAUCUCCCAUCCAUGAUAAGUGGGAGAUGGAACGAACAGACAUCACUAUGAAGCACAAGCUGGGGGGAGGACAGUAUGGUGAAGUGUAUGUUGGGGUAUGGAAGAAAUACAAUCUCACAGUUGCUGUGAAAACACUCAAGGAAGAUACAAUGGAAGUGGAGGAAUUCUUGAAAGAAGCUUCUGUUAUGAAGGAAAUCAAGCAUCCAAAUUUGGUGCAGUUAUUAGGUGUGUGUACUCUGGAACCCCCGUUUUAUAUAGUGACUGAAUAUAUGCCCUAUGGGAACCUGUUGGAUUACCUGCGGGAGUGCAAUCGAGAGGAGGUGACUGCUGUUGUCCUGCUGUAUAUGGCUACCCAGAUAUCCUCUGCCAUGGAGUACCUGGAGAAGAAGAAUUUCAUCCACAGGGAUCUAGCAGCUCGCAAUUGCCUGGUUGGAGAAAAUCAUGUGGUGAAAGUGGCUGACUUUGGAUUAAGUAGAUUGAUGACUGGAGAUACUUACACAGCCCAUGCGGGAGCAAAGUUUCCUAUCAAAUGGACUGCACCUGAGAGUCUGGCCUACAACACAUUCUCAAUCAAAUCAGAUGUUUGGGCCUUUGGAGUAUUAUUGUGGGAGAUUGCCACUUAUGGGAUGUCACCUUAUCCUGGCAUUGACCUCUCUCAGGUUUAUGAUUUACUGGAGAAAGGCUACCGGAUGGAACAACCUGAAGGUUGCCCCCCAAAAGUCUAUGAACUCAUGAGGGCAUGCUGGAAAUGGAAUCCCCUAGACAGACCUUCAUUUGCUGAGACUCACCAAGCCUUUGAAACUAUGUUCCAUGAUUCCAGCAUCUCUGAAGAAGUGGCAGAAGAACUUGGAAGGACAGCAUCCUCAUCAUCCAUAGUUCCAUAUUUGCCUCGAUUACCCAUGCUUCCUUCCAAGACCAGGACCUUGAAAAAACAGGCAGAAAACAAAGAGAAUAUUGAAGGAGCCCAGGAGGUUGUAGAGCAUUCUGCUUCCAGCUCUGCACCAGGUUUUAUCAGAAGCACACAGCAGACCAGUGGAUCCCCAGCACUACCUCGCAAGCAAAGAGACAAGUCACCCAGUGGCCUGUUAGAAGACACCAGAGAGACAACCUUUACCAGAGACAGGAAAGGGGGAUUCUUUAGCUCUUUCAUGAAGAAGAAAAAUGCCCCUACGCCUCCAAAGCGCAGCAGCUCCUUCCGCGAGAUGGAAAAUCAACCUCACAAGAAAUAUGAGUUGACGGGUAACUUUUCAACAGUUGGUUCUCUACAGCAUAUUGAUGGGUUUUCUUUCACCCCCUCCCAGCAGGAUGGGAACCUUUGCUCAUCCAAGUGCUAUAUUGGGGGCUUCACACAGCGAAAUUUCUAUGGUGACGACGGUGGUGGCAGUGGCAGCACUAGCAGUGGGGGAAGCACAAGCACCGGUAGUGGAUGGUCCGGCAUCACAGGGUUCUUUACCCCACGCCUGAUUAAAAAGACUCUGGGGUUACGAGCUGGGAGGCCCACUGGGGAAGAAGCGUCAAAGCCCUUCCCCCGGUCCAACUCAACAUCUUCCAUGUCCUCAGGCCUUCCUGAGCAGGAAAGAAUGGCGAUGACACUUCCCCGAAAUUGCCAUAGGUCGAAAGUCCAGCUGGAAAGGACAGUGUCUACUUCCUCUCAGCCAGAGGAGAACACUAGCAAGUCCAACGACCUAGUCCCUAAAAGAUGUGAAGAAGUCCCUACUUUGACCAGAGACAGACCAAAAGCCAAACUUCUGCCAAGAGGUGCUACAGCUGUUCCCCUCAGGACCCCAUCAGUGGAUGCAGCUGUUUCAGAACAGGACACUCAGGGGCCAAUGGCUACAGCAAGCCUGAAGAGCAAAGAGAAGAACAGCGGGACGCGGCAAGGGUCAGUAGAAGGUGAAGAGAAGUCAGGCUGGCCUUCUCCACCCAAGGCUGCAGCACUACUUCCUACCACUCAUAACCACAAAGUGCCCGUCCUCAUCUCGCCCAGUCUGAAACAUACCCCAGCAGAAGUGCAGCUCAUUGGUACAGACUCUCAGGGGAAUCGGUUCAAGCUCUUGUCUGAGCAUCAGGUCACUGCUUCCAGCGACAGGGACAGGCCCAGGCGGAUAAAACCAAAGUGUGCCCCACCUCCACCACCUGUCAUGAAGUUCCUACAACAGCCUCCUUCCUCAGAUACAACAGAUGAGUUUAAUAAUGGGAUGUUGGUACAGCCUGGACAAGAAGCCAGCGAGGGCAGCAAAAAGGCAGCAGCAGCAUCUGUCGGUGGAAAAGCUGGAAGGCCCAUCAUGCCUCCACCUCAAGUGCCUCUGUCAUUGUCUUCCACCUCGCCUGCCAAAAUGGCAAAUGGUACAGCAGGAGCCAAAGUAGGACUGAGAAAGACCAAACAGAUGACUGAGAGAAUCUCUGCAGACAAAAUCAGCAAAGAGGCUCUGCUGGAGUGUGCAGACCUCCUUUCGAGUGCCAUUGCAGAACCCACCACAAACAGCCAACUGGUGGACACAGGGCACCAGCUGUUGGAUUACUGUUCAGGCUAUGUGGACUGCAUUCCCCAAACACGCAACAAGUUUGCCUUUCGGGAAGCUGUGAGCAAACUGGAACUCAGCCUGCAGGAGCUGCAGGUGUCCUCAACAGCUGCUAGUGUGCCCGGAGCAAAUCCUGUACUUAAUAACUUAUUGUCUUGUGUUCAAGAAAUCAGUGAUGUUGUCCAGAGGUAGCUACUGUCAAAUCAUCUGGUUAGGAGGAAAAAAAUGUAUACCAAGUGGAGGGAGAAGGGUCAAGAUGACUCCUUCUGAUGUUUUCCCCUAUCACGAUGCUUUUGAAAGGAAAGACUGAUACUUGAGUGAGUUUUAUGUGAAGUACCUCAAAUCAUUGAGCUCUCAUGUUUACAGGUUCAUCUCAGUACAUGGGACAGAUAAGGGGGAAGCCAAGCUUCAUGCGGGUCAGACGAUUUGCAGGUGAGGAAGGGAAAAUGUCAACUUUCCCUAGCCAGAAAACACUUAUGCAAAAAGUGGGACUUCUGCUCUCAUUCCACUUCCAGAAAGUAGGAGAGUCAACAAGAGAGCCUUUGUUUUGGGAAGAGCCUGCUGUUCUCCACUGUGUUGUUCAGAUGACCAGAAUUAUGGGAGUGGGGCUUCCCUUUCUGCACUACUGCAUGUUUGGACCUUCUGAGCUUGUGAUAGAAAGGUUCAGAGGCUCCGCUGGAGUUGACUGACCUUCCCAAGAAGGAGAGAAUUUAUUUUGGGGGAAGGUCUUUGGAGCUGCUGGAAGUGGUGGAUUAGUUCACCUGGCUUAACUUCCACAGUACAUUGUGCUGCUGUAAUAAGAAUGGCAAAAAACAAUAUUGAAACACAUCCUAUUUUUUUGUCAUCCUUUUCAUAUGUUUUACCAUCUACACAUCCAGUCCUUCACAGCUUCUUGAGUGAUGAUUGGGCAGACUUGCUACUGGAUGUCUCUCUCUCACACACAGACUCUCUCUCUCUCUCUCUCUCUCUCUCUCAAACUGGCUGUCAUCACCACUUGGUAGUGUAGCAUGGGUAUCUAACCUGGCACUCAUUGGAGGCGUUUCGGCUGUAGCACAAAUUUACCAGUGUGUGUCCAAAAGCUGUUAUGUCUGUUUUUUCUCCUUUGAUAAACUUUGAGGGGCCACCCUGGAUUAAAGGCACUGCAGAAUGCUGCUGUUGCUCUCUACAUUCCUUUUUUUAUUAUGCUGACCCUAAUCCAGCUACUUUUUGAGGGAACCAGAAACCUGAGGCCAUAAUAUCUACUGCUAGGAUUACAAAUGGGCUCUUGGGAGUACCUCAUGAGAUGAAUUACUGUACUGUUCAUAUUCACAUCUAGAACGUUUGUCCUGUUCAGCAUUUCAAGAUACUAUUUGGUUUUCCUAGAAAUGCCCUCGAUGUGUAGCAUCACUGGAGGGGGGAGGGUGAAAUUGAUGUCAGUGUCUGGGAGAAGGCUAAAGGAAGAAUGGUCCCCACUUGCCUAUCACACACUUAAGUGUUGAUAGAUUCGAGCAUGUUUGGGGCUCAGUUUAGACCAGCACAGUGAAUCUUCACAUGGUGGGGGUGUUUGCAUGACCCCCUUUUUGCAUCCUGCAGAUAACAUCACAUGCUGCGGAUGCCCACUUUUUCCCUUUUUGAGCAGAAAUAAUUGGACAUCCAUAUGUAUUGCCUGGAAUAGUAUGACACAACUUGUAUGGUGGGGUUGGGGGAUGCCCACUCCGUCGUGCAGACAGUUGUUGCCACAUAAUGUGAGCCAUGGUUGCUCAUUCUGUCUUCAUCUAUUCUUCUCUCUCCCCCAGGAAAUUCCCAGAUUGUCUAGAUAAUACGCAGAUGUUAUCUACCUGUUGAUUUUUACUUAUGUAAUAUAGGUAAGGUCUACAGUAUGCUGCUGUUCAUGAGACAUCUCUUUAACAAGCUCAAGAACAUGAAACCACACUCUUACCUGCUGUGCAGCCUUUCCCAACCAGUGUGCCUCCAGAUGUUGUUGAACCACAACUCCCAUCAGCCUCAGCCAGCAUUGCCAAUGGUCAGGAAAGAUGGGAAUUGUGGUCCAAUAACAUCUGGAGGCACACUGGUUGGGAAAGGCUGUGCUAUAGUGUAUAGAAAUCCUUCUUCUACACAGCUAUAAUUCUAUCAGUGCUGAAGUUACCAUACUGAAGGGUUGAGAGAAAUUGAAUUUGCCCUGGUAAGUAUAUUUCUUAGGCAUGGGGAGAAUUCCUGUUCACAGAAAUCCAGCAAAUAAAUUCAGCACUUACGUGUGCUCCAAAGAUAUACUACGGGGAGAGUGGGAGGGAUGUAGUUCUUGGCUGGGACUUGAAUGGCCUUUCCACCCUAUGCUAGAGAAUUCCACACUCUUGUUCCUGCACAUUUGUCAGUACCUUCUCCUGCUUUGUUCACAGCAUUGGUCUAAAAACAUUCAGGGUCUGAUUUGCUGUGCACCUUAAUCUUUUUAAAACUUGGCCAUUUUACUUUUAAAAUGUUGAUACUUAAAAUUGUAAUGCUGUGCUGCUUGUUUUUAUAUUGAAUCCUGGUGAUGGUAGAAAGGUAUGAAUUUGCCACUCUUGGGGCUUUAUCUUUAUAAAAAGCAACUUCUCCUAGUGCUUAUUUGAGAACUAGAAUGACAUUAACUCUGCGAAAUUGUUCUUGCUUCUCCAGUGGGUGCAUCGUUAUGGAAAAGUGAAGGGGACCAGUUUGCUUCUCAGUCCAGACUGAGUGAAUCAAAAGUAGGCAAAUGGAGAACAAUCAAAUAUAAAGCAGGUUUUGAUUUGUUGAGAAUACUGAAGGAUUCCCCAGGCUCAGGCAGAGAAAAUUGAUGGGGAUUUUAGGCAAAUGCACAGGGAAGCAGAGACCAGUAUCCGUGUUUCUCCCUCUACUAGUUCUCUGCUUAUAUCUCUUCUUAAUGGCAUAUUUCCCCUAAGAGUUGGAGGGGAAGAAUAGCAGAAACUAGCCACUAAGUAGAGAUAAGCAGCCAAAGGACAAAGGUGACCAGUGGUUUAUAGCAUCAUAGGAGUUGGAGGAGACUAUGUUGCCAUCUGGUCCAACCUCCUGCUUAAUGCAGGAAGUCUAAGGCUAGAGCACCCCAACGUAAUGACUGUCCAGCUUCUUGAAAACCUCCAGCGAUUGAGAGCCUAGCAUCCCCAUAGGUAACUAGUUCAACUGAUAACCUACUCUUAUUACUAUGGUGUUUCUCCUAAUAUUCAGCCAAAGUCUGCCUUCCUAUAACUUAAGCCGUGCCCUCUUGGGCAACAGACAACAAGUCUUUGCCUUCUUCUGUGUGAUGGCCCUUUAGGUAUUUGCAGAGUGAUAUCAUAUUCCACUUUAGCUGCCUUCUGGGUUAGUCUAAACAUACUCAGUUCCUUCAGCCUUUCUUCACUGAACUUCUUUUCCAUGUCCCUGACUAUCUUCAUUGGCAUCCUCUGACCCCAUUCCAAUUUGUCUCUGUUCUCAGAGUGCAGAGUCUCGCCAGAACUGGCUAGGGAUGCCAGCACCCCAGGGGCCCCACUGCUUAUGCCUGCUCUUGUCCCCUUUCUCCGGCCUUCCACAGAGGCCCAGAGACUGUUUUUCCUUUUUACUGUCACCUGUAGCAGUGGCACAGGCACAACUAUCAGUAGUCUUCACCUGCACCAAGAUUCUUUUGAUGUAUUCUUGCUGCCUAUGGCAACGACGCAGCCGAAAGUAUCAUUGUCUCCAUCCUACCAGUAUGGUUUCCUCGCAAUGUCCCCCAUUCUGCAUCAAAGUCAGGGACAUUAUGGGAAAACCAAAAUGUUCAGCAAAGUAGCAAAGCCUUUUUGAAAAAAGCCACUGGACUAUGGAGAAACGCUGAAAGGGGGCCAGCAUAGUCAUUACUUGUGACCCACCAUGUGUUUCCUAUGUAGGAACUCCAGCACGGGCCUCUCCAACCUAGAGAUCCUUCACUCUCAUCCCCUUGAACAUUUAAUCUUCCCCGUUAAAAUUCUUGGAGAAAACACUGCACUAGCCUGUCUCUCUUGAGGAGCUUCACAACUCUUAACAGUCACAGCCUGUCUUAAAUGGUAGCUUUUCCAAUGGUGAGUAAUGUGUAGCCUGGAUUCCAGCCAUCUGUGCACAUUAAAGUAGGGACAAUAUAGACAUAGACCAUUUUAAACUUAGCACAAUUUUAUUCUAGAUAUUGUUUAACUUCUGCAUAGACAAGCCUAAAUUUUUGGAGGGAUGGACCUGAACUGCCCUGCAUAACCAUAGUUGCUCUGUGCUAAGCAGUUACUAGAGAGUACAAGCACUGCUGCAGCACCCCCUUCUGCUACUUAUAGGUAAUGCUGUGUGCAGGUCCAGUGCAGAAGUCUGAGUAAGACUAUGCAGCCAUAAUUUCAGCAUAUUUUAUAUCUUGGCCCUACAUAAGCUUUUUUUCCCCAAAGAGCAGCAUUAUGUUCCCUGUUUCAGGUUUCUUCUGAAGUAAGGCAACUUUGAAAGAAAUAUAUUUUGGAUUGGACUGAACCUCUUGAGCACCAAUACUCAAAAGAACAGAGGAACUUUUAUGCUUUUGCAUAAGGUUAGAAAUUGUCAUCUUUGAGCUUCCUUGAGAGGUUCUAUAGCAGGUUUCCCCAACCUGAUGCAUACUGGCUGAGGAUGAUCAUAGUUUUAGUCUAAAAUAUCUGGAGGGCAGCAGGCUAGGGGAGGCUGUUCUUCAGCAAAACAAGAGGAGACCAGAACCCUCUUUUAAUAGCUGCCCUGCCAAAGAUAUGAGUGAUGACUAGUGUCUCACAAAUGAACUUCCCCUUUCUUUCAUCCUUCCUGCUUGCCCUCCCCCCUCCCCGAAGAUCUGCUUUGGAGGGCUGAAGGAUUCUCUGGAGCAUGUUUGGGGGAUGUGGGAGGAGAGGAAGGGGAAGUCAUGUGGCACAAGUAGAAGUCAGUUGCACUUGUUGAUGGACACAGUUGGAUGUUAUCCAUAGUGCUUAAGAAUAUGCUAGUUCAUCUGUAUACAAUAACACAGAGACUCAAACUUUAACCAUAUUUUGGGGUUUGUUUUUUAAAAUCCUCAAUCCUUGAUAUUACACUUUUCCCUUCCUUCCUUGUCAGUCUUGCUGCUGCAGGAUUGUGAGGGACAGGAUGGUAUAUCUAUGCCAAUCUGCACUCAGAGCUCUUGUUGCUCAGUGGCUGUUGUCUAUUUUGAGUGAAAACAUUUCACCUGUUAGAUUGCUAUUUCAGUUUUCCAGAACUAAACUCCCCUGAAAUGACCCUGGGAUUAUCUACUACAGUUAUUUAUCUUCCAGCCACAAACAUUUUGGGGGCCUUACCUGCUGGUGUUGAAUCCCUCUGAAUUGUUCUGCUAUGGAUUAUUCAGUGUAGAAAAAGAUGCAACUUAACUUCCAGCCUUUUCGCUCAUGCCCUUUUCAGAAGAUAAUGGUAUCUUCUUUCCCCACUUGCUUGAACUUUGUGUUGGCUGUUGAUUGUGUUCCAGUUGCAGUCUUCGUAGUUGGAUGCGUUAUAAUCUAAUUAUUCAAAUACUGAGGGACUGUGAGGGCAGGUGGGAAAGCAAGAUUUUGCAUACGUCACGAAUGAGAGUAACACCCAUAAAGACAUGUGAAGGCCUUGUAGAAGAAAGAAAAUAAUGACCCAUUCUCUGGUCCCGUCUGCACAUGGGAGCAAAGAAGAGGAAAUAAAUUUCUGGGAUCCCUCUUGUGAGAAUACUGUGUUCCUGAUCACUGUAACUGCAGCAUAAUGCCUUGUGCACUUGGAUAGCUUCCCUAAUGACUCUGGAGUUUGUGCUUGUAGGGAAGAAAUUGGUAAUCAUAGUAUCCACACAGGUUUGUUUUUUAAUCAUCUUUUCUUACAUGAUCCCUAUGGCCAGAUGCCUUCGGAAAUGUAAGAAGUGAAUCAGUCUCAGUACCUAGUUGCACAAUUUGUGUCCUGUUUAAAAUAGACUUUGCUGCACUUUCGUUGACAGUAACCGGGGGGACUGCUACGCCAACAUGCUUGCAUUUUUUUUAAAAAAAUGUGGCACUGAGCUUUGAUCUGUAAAUCAAACUUCCUGUACCCACCAAACAUAAUGCAAGUUUGUAUUAUGAAAAAAAAAGGGCUGGUGUGAGAAGCAGACAUCUAAAAGAAUCCACGAGGCCUCAGCUGAAAAGGGAAGAUUCUUAAGCCUGUGGACUUGUAGAAUAGGGAGGACUAUCUUCCUCUUUGCAUACUAAGGACUGGAGUUUGCAGGAAUACUUUCCCUGAUGUUGGUGGUCUUAUAGCAAGAUUGUAGAUACUGUACAUGUUCUCUAAGAAGGUUUCCAUGUGCACCAGCAUGUUAGGACAUAGGCACUCUUCCUGUGGACUGUUUCAUGACCGUUGAGUUCAGAGAUUUCUAAAACCGACUGAAGUAGAUUGUCAAAACACUAAGCUUGGAAGGCAUUCCAAACAGCUAAUUGCCUGGAAAGCAGAGGUUUUGUGCAGUCUCUAAGGCGGACAGAACAGUGGCAUCGGUGGCAUUUAAAUCCUUGCUCUCUUUAUCACAAUUAUCGUUGCGUACAGUAUUUGGCAAACACAAAAAAGGCCUUAAUUAUACACUUAACCCUUUCAGCUAAUGUGAAAAAGCAAGUUAUUGCUACAGUAACUUGGACCAUUUCACACACAUAGUAGAAUCUAAUGGUAAAGCUUCUCCCAUACUGUAUCACUUCAGCAUUUGUGUAGGAAUCUUGCCCUAAAAACUCUCUAAACUUCCAAAACUAUCAUUUUGGAGAAAUGGGUUCAGCCUAGCCUUCCUGCCAUGCCAUUUUUCUUUUUCUUAUUUUAUGAAACAAUAUGCAUUUCCCUUCCCUAUGGUCACAGUGGUGCAGUCCAGGAAAUGCCUUACCACUUGAUUUUGCAGAAUAAAAUAAGCUGCCCUAAGCGCAGUACUCAAACUGACCAAAUAUAUCCCAAAUGGCUCUACUUGGGAGCACAGAGGCCCUGAACAACUAGCAGUUGCCUGUUCCUGUUGCUUCACAUGAGGCACACCAAACACAUUCAAAACACAGACUUAGAAAAAACCCAAGAUGACUGAAGUGUUGAGUGACUUUCUGCCACCAGUUCACAACUUGGUACUGUAUGCAACUGGCUCUGCGCAUCUAGUUGAAGUAAUGCUCAUGAGAUGAAAAUGUGGCCUUUUCCAUAUUCCGGAAAGCUUUCUUAUUAGGAACACCUGAUUUCUCUGCAGUUGCCUAAGAAAAAAGGGCCCAAGCAUGUGUGGUGCAAGGGGUAGGCUCCCAUGGUUGGAGGGGAGGGAUAAGGCAAGAUAGUUAAGGAUUCUAAUCAACCCAGCACUCUGUUAGUUGAAUUAAUAGUUGAAGUCACUGAGGAGAAAAUUUGAUAAAACUGAAAAUAUGCUGAUCACAUGCAAAACCACACUACUAGUGUUGUCAGUUGUUGUUUUUUAUUUGUUGUAAUAUAUUUGGUUUUUUCUAAUUUAAAUUUUCACUAUUGCCUGACUGUGAACUGCAAACAGUGUUAACUUGAUGUAAAUAAGGGCCUUUGGAGGAGGUGCCUCUGCCUGUUGUUCCACAAAGAUUUUUGCCAAUUUGCAUUUUGUUUUAAAUAAAAGUUGCAAUAUUUUAUUGGCAAAUAAAUGUUGAUACAUUA